AUGUUUGUUCUCGGAACGAAAGGUGAUAGACUUCUUUCGAGUAGACAUAGUUGGCGCAUUUAUGGUCAGACAGUAGAGAAACGGAGUCGAUACUCGAGUCGGUGGCAGCAGCUACGAGCGCUGGGCGAGGGCGGGGCGACGACGCGGCGCAGCCUGGAGCGAGCGUAUGAGCGCGACGCGGUCUCGGUGGCGAUGGAGUUGUCGGCGUGGGCUGAGCGUCCGGGCGUGUAUCACCCGGAAGUUAGUUUCCAGGCACGCUUCGCGUCCGAGCUGCGGCAGAGCGUACUUACGGGCACGCGUACGGUGAACCCAAACAGAAGCACAGGUACAGAAACAGGAGCCGCUACGCCAGAGAGUCAGUCGAGUCCGCAGCCGUCCGGCAACCGUGCACCGCUUGUGGACGCUUCAGCUGCUGGAGUGACGGACUGUGCUUGUGAAGGCAGCACCCUGCAGGCACGGACCGGUUCCUGUGCUCAGGACGUUGACGAUUGCACGUGCAGACGUUCCGGCUCGGGUGCUGCGGACAGUGCGGCAUCGCGGGGAGUCUCGGUUGUGUAUUACCGGCGAAAGCGGAAUCCGAGUGACGGGUUCGGCUCGCCGCUCAGUAGCUACAUGGAUCGCUGUAUCUGGUGCGACGGCGCGGGCGCGCGGCAGUGCCCGUGGUGUCGCGGUGCUGGCUGCCGAUACGUUUCCGCGUUUCCCAGCUAUGAGGAGAUGAAUCAGCUCGUUGAGCGGGCGCAAGCGGGUGACGCAGAGGCACGCGAGCGUCUUGGAAAUCCGUCGACCGUGUGUCGACCGUGCCCCGUCUGCCAACACAAGGGUAUGCUGACCUGUAAGCGCUGCCAUGGGACGGGAACAAAUCAUUUGUAG